AUGCCACCCUACGGAUCCAUUAAUUCACCAUCACUACGCAAAAUGGAGAACAGCAGAUACAACACCGGCAACGGCCGCAGGCUCAACUUCAGCAACCUCGUUGGGGAUCCCUUCGCCCUGGCGACAUGCUCGAUUGCGAUGCUCGCAUGGAUAAUCACCUUCGUCUCAUCCCUGAUCGCAGACAUCCGAGGGGACUUCCCCAAUUUUUCCUGGUGGGCCAUCGUAUACAUGUUCUUCUGCGUUGUGGGCAUACCAAUUGCGAUCAUUACCGAGUCGGAGCACACAUACCACGUAGCUAUCGCUGCGUAUCUCGCUGCCGGCUUGACCUUCAAUUCGUCUUGCGUCCACGCCUUGGUAUACUCCAGCGACGGCGCGAAGGAAGCCGCCGCAGCUGGCUUUAUUCUUCUCUCCAUGGUUACGGUCGUGUGGAUAUUCUACUUCGGCUCGCAGCCAAGCGCCAGCCCCCAUCGCUUCGUUGAUCAGUUCGCUCUCAACAAAGGAAGACAUUCGCCGAGGAGCUCGCGACCAGUGUCCAAUCACUACGGCGCCCGCCCAGAAACGACUGUCACACAAGCCCCGCAGAUGUACACUUCAGCACAGCUGAGCGGCUUCGAGACAUCCUCGCCGGUUUCAGGGUAUCCAGGAGGCCCUGUUGGUAUGGAUUCGCGCAGUUCGCAGCCCCGCUUUGGCGGCGCACCUCUCAGCAGCCCCGAGGCACACAACCACAACGCUACGAAUGCGCCGGAAAUGGACAUGAGCCCACCGACUGAAUACCCAUACAAGGCCAAAGCGAUAUACAGCUACGAAGCCAACCCUGAUGACCAGAACGAGAUCAGCUUCACAAAGCACGAGAUAUUAGAGGUGUCAGAUGUCAGUGGACGAUGGUGGCAGGCCAAGAAGAGCACGGGCGAGACGGGUAUUGCUCCAAGCAACUACCUCAUUCUGCUAUAG